UUUUUUUAACGCCGUCUGUCUUCAGGAUUACUGCAGGUGAAUUUUCGGCUGCUGUUUUUCUAGAUUUCAGACCAGCAGUUGGUGCAGAAUAGGUUGGACGGAAAACAUCUGGCUCGCAGAAAAUUACUCGCAUCCUGUUUUGUCCAAUUGCUGAUAUUGAGACAGACCGGUGAGUGUGUGUGUGUGUCCGGGACAGAGGAGACUGGCUGUGCCAUGAACUGGCUUAUCUGACGGAGUUGGGGCGGAACGGCGCGCGAGCGCGUGGUGCAUAAAAAGUUUGAGUGGGUUGGAACGGCGGCGACAUGCCGUCGACGACCAGUCGCAUCAUCAUGGCCGUGGGGGGCGCAUCGGCCUCCGAGUGUCAGCCUCUGCAGGCGGCCAACGGCAACGGCCACGGCCCCCAGCAGCAGCAGCAGGAGGUCAAGUUGCGGAAGGAGCUGGGCCUGUUCGACGGGGUGGCCAUCAUCGUCGGCGUCAUCAUCGGCGCCGGCAUCUUCGUCUCGCCCAAGGGAGUGCUCGAGCACGCCGGCUCCGUCGGACUCGCCCUGAUUGUGUGGGUGCUCUCGGGCCUCUUAUCGCUCGUCGGCGCCCUUUGCUACGCGGAACUCGGGACAAUGAUCCCAAAAUCAGGGGGCGAUUACGCAUACAUCGGAGAGGCGUUUGGCCCACUGCCCGCCUUCCUUUACCUUUGGGUUGCCCUUUUUGUGAUCAUCCCGACCGGAAACGCGAUCACGGCGCUCACCUUUGCCCAGUACCUGAUCCAAAUGGUGCUGCCCAACUGCGAGCCCAACGUCAGCCUAAUCAGACUCAUCGCAGCCCUCGUCACAUGUUUGCUCACGGCCAUCAACUGCAGGAAUGUCAAGUUGGUGACCAAAGUGCAGGACGUGUUUGUCGGCGCCAAAAUACUCGCCCUGGGAAUCAUCAUAGUCGCCGGUCUGGUCUUCCUGUGCCAGGGCAACCUACAGAACCUGAGCCAACCAAUGGAAGGUUCGUCCCUCGAACCUGCGUCCAUCGCCCUUUCCUUCUAUUCGGGUCUUUUCUCCUACGCAGGAUGGAAUUAUUUAAAUUUCGUCACUGAGGAAUUGCAAAACCCAUACAAAACCCUACCACGUGCAAUUGCAAUUUCCCUUCCCCUUUGUACGAUUGUUUAUGUGCUCACCAAUGUGGCGUAUUUCGCCGUGCUCACCAGAAACGAAAUCCUGUCAUCUGAAGCUGUGGCUGUGACAUUUGGCGACAGAAUGCUGGGUUCGUUGACCUGGGUGAUGCCCUUUUUUGUUGCCUGCUCAACCUUUGGCGCCCUGAACGGCGCGAUUUUUGCGUCGGCCCGACUCUUCUUUGUCGGAGCCCGACAGGGCCAUCUGCCCGCUGCAAUCGCCUUAAUCAACAUAGAUUGCCUCACACCAAUUCCUUCGCUUUUAUUCCUGUGCCUUAUCACGCUAGUCUUGCUUUUCAUAGACGACGUUUAUGUGCUCAUAAACUAUUUGACGUUUGUGGAGUCCCUUUUUAUCACCAUGUCCAUCCUGGGACUCUUAUGGCUUCGGUACAAACAACCAGACGCCCAUAGACCAAUUAAGGUCAACAUUAUGCUGCCAAUCAUGUUUUUCAUCGUGUGCAUAUUUUUGGUCACAAUGCCCGUUUAUAAAAAGCCAGGAGAAGUUGGCGUUGGUCUUCUGAUAAUCGCCACUGGCAUUCCAGUUUAUCUAAUCUGCAUUCGCUGGAAGAAUAAGCCAAAGUGGAUGAUCAAUGCAUCAGAUCGAUUAAAUCUGCUCUGCGUAAAAGUGUUUAAAUGUGUUCUUGAGGAGAAGGAAGAUUGACCAUCAAGAAAGUCUUUACAUUCCGAUUCAUGUUGAACACAACCAAGAAGCCAAUGU